AUGGAGGGGGAGAUGGACGUCGAUGCACCCGACAAUCGGGGCACAAAACGCCCUGUAGAAGACCCAGAUGUCUCUCAACCUUCUCAGCCAAAGCGAAUCAAGGCCCUUGAUCCAGAUGUCGUCAACAAAAUCGCAGCCGGAGAGAUUAUUGUUGCGCCGAUGCAUGCGUUGAAGGAGCUGAUCGAAAACGCCGUUGAUGCGGGCUCCACGUCGAUCGAGGUCCUCGUCAAGGAUGGAGGGUUGAAGCUUCUGCAGAUUACGGACAAUGGACAUGGCAUUGAUCGUGACGAUCUCCCCAUCCUCUGCGAACGAUUCACGACGUCCAAACUCAAGGCAUUCGAGGACCUCACUUCGAUCGGCACAUACGGUUUCCGCGGCGAAGCGCUAGCAAGUAUUAGCCACAUUGCCCACCUGACGGUUACAACGAAGACUGCUGGGUCUAGCUGUGCCUGGAGGGCACAUUAUGGCGAUGGGAAGCUGGUUCCGGCGAAGCCAGGCCAGCCUGCUGCACCCAAGGCUACUGCGGGACGAGGAGGGACACAGAUAACAGUGGAAGAUUUAUUCUACAAUAUUCCUACUCGUCGACGCGCCUUUCGCUCGGCAAGUGAGGAGUACGCCAAGAUCCUCGACGUUGUUGGCAGGUACGCGGUACACUGCUCCGGAGUCGCUUUCUCAUGCCGCAAGCAUGGUGAUUCCGGAGUUAGUGUAUCAACUCCAUCUAGUGCUAACACGAUCGAUCGGAUCCGCCAAAUUCACGGUAGUGCGGUCGCCAACGAGGUCGUUGAAUUCGAGGUCUCGGACAAUAAACUCGGGUUUCGUGCAUCGGGGCUUGCUACCAACGCCAACUACCACGUCAAGAAGACCACUAUCCUCCUCUUCAUCAACCACCGCGCUGUCGAAUCGACCGCUAUCAAGCGUGCCGUGGAACAGACUUACUCUGCAUUCUUACCAAAGGGCGGCCAUCCUUUCGUGUAUCUCGACUUGGAGAUUGAGCCUAGCCGCGUCGAUGUCAACGUCCACCCAACAAAGAGGGAGGUGAACUUUUUGAAUGAGGAUGAAAUCACUGAGAUGGUAUGUGACGAGAUCAGAUCCAAGCUCGCGCAAGUCGAUUCGAGCCGAGUAUUUCUCACGCAGAGUCUCCUCCCCGGAGUACCGACUAUCGAAACACUCCAAUCUCCAUCCAAGGAUGGCACUUCAGGGGAAAAAGCAGCAGCAACCCCCAAGACCCCUGCAACAGCCAAACGCCCAUACGAAAAUAACCUGGUCCGGACAGACUCGAAAGUCCGCAAAAUCACCUCCAUGCUCACUUCAGCCCCCAUUUCUUCCCCUUCUCACCCAGGUACAUCCACCGAGCCCGGCAUCCCGCCACCUUCCAUUCUAGACGAUGGUCUACAGUACGAAACUAUAGACCGCCAACCGCUCCGCAUUGCCCUUACGUCCGUCAAGAAUCUCCGCAGCUCUGUACGCGCCACCAUGCACAACACAUUAACUGAGAUGUUCGCCUCACACACGUACGUCGGCCUCGUGGAUGAGAGACGCCGCCUUGCAGCCAUCCAAUCCGGCGUGAAACUGUACCUAGUAGAUUACGGGCUCGCAUGCAACGAAUUCUUCUACCAAAUCGGGCUAACAGACUUCGGGAACUUCGGCGUGAUCAGAUUGGAUCCGCCACCAAAGUUGGUAGAUCUACUUCAGAUCGCAGUCGACGCAGAGAUGCAGGAACAGGGGAGCGGGAAUGACGACGACGCAGCGAGUAUUCUCACCAACGCCGCGGAGCUCAUCUCCCGCACGCUUGUCGAGCGGCGGGAGAUGCUCGACGAGUACUUUUCGAUGAAAGUUAGUGAGGCAGGGGAGUUGCUUACGAUCCCACUUCUGUUAAAGGGGUAUGUUCCAUCGCUAGGGAAACUGCCGCGCUUUUUGCUCCGUUUGGGACCGUAUGUGGAUUGGACGGGCGAGGAGGAGUGCUUCCGGACAUUUUUACGCGAGCUGGCUGCUUUUUACACGCCGGAGCAACUCCCCGUUCCUGCGUCGCAGGCAUCAAAGGAUGCUCCGGCGAACCCUGCUGCCGAGGCAGGACAAGGAGCAAACGAAGGCAAUCCGGGUGGCUCAGUUACCGAAGAUGAGGACCCGAUGAUUCAAGCACGUCGGGUACAAAUGAUGCGGAUGUUGGAGUAUGCCGUAUUUCCGGCUCUCCGCGCACGACUGGUUGCUACAUCACGCAUGCUCAAGGGGGUAGUUGAGGUUGCGGAUCUGAAGGGCCUUUACAGAGUAUUUGAGCGGUGCUGA